AUGGAUGAUAAUGUAGAUAUAAAUAAUAAUAAUUCAGAGACCACAAUAAAUUUAUUGCUUCAAUUAUUAGCGAAUCCAAAAAUUUUACAGCAAGCUACUACGAUGAUUACUCAACAAACUCCUUCUGCGCCAAAUCCCGUGUCUAUUGCUGCUGCUACAUCUCUUACAGGCGUUGUUAAUACUUCAUUUCCACGUGGUUCAAUACAAAAUCCUAUUACUAAAGAAGAGUGGAAACAAUGGAAAAAGAUAAAACAACCAAAUGAAGAUUGGAAAGAUUUCCUUCAUUUACCAUAUGAUACAUAUUGGACUUAUCGGAGAAAUCUUCGUGAUCGAUUGAAUGCAACCUGUGAAAAAGGGAAAUAUGCAUCAGAACAAGUGCCAGGUAAAAUUCAAAAUGUUAUCAAUAGUUUUAAAAGUGAUUUCCCUACCUUUCCCAUUUCUGUUGGAGAUUUCGUUUUGCAAAAAAUAAUUGAAGAUAUUGUUGGAAAUUGGGUUGAGACUGAACGUAAGAACAAAGUCAAAGAAGCACGUAUACGAGGCAUACCCCCACCUCCAAAACGCAAAAAUAUUACUCCCCCUAAUUCAAAACGCAAAAAAUUGAUGACAAAUCCAUCUACCCAAGUUUCCAAAAUACUAUCAAAUACAGUCCUUCCUGCUGAAAAUAUAGAAACAAAUAAUACUGAUAAUAUUGAUGUUCAACUGACACAUGUAACUCCAUCUGAUGUACAAGAGGAGUUAGAGGAUACAAGAAAUGUUCAAUUGUAUACACACGAAACUCCAUCUAAUGGUAACGAAAAAAGAACAACUACUACUAGGACACGCCUGGAAAAAACAAUCAGGCCGCCUAAGAAGCAAAGUACCACUCGCAAGACUUACAACACUCGCAACAAAUCUCAAAAAUAA